AUGACGAAUUACCUGGCGAAACGGGCCGGCCAGAUGGUGCUGACGCUGUUCCUGAUCGUCACGCUGACGUUUUUCCUGGUGCAGGCGCAGCCCGGGGACUACGCCACCUUCUACGCGCUUAAUCCCGACCUGCCCGCGGAGGUCAGGGCGCAGAUCAAGGAGUCCUUCGGGCUGGACAAGCCGCUGUGGGAGCAGUACCUCAUCCACAUGAAGAACACCUUCACCGGGAACUUUGGCGUGUCCUUCGGGCAUUUCCCCCGGCCGGUGAUCGAGGUGCUGGCGGAAAGGCUGCCCCGCACGGCAGUGCUGUUUCUGACCGCGACGGCGGCGUCCUUCUACAUCGGGUUCUUCCUGGGCAAGGCCAUCGCGUGGCGCCGGGGCGGCGUGCUGGAGUAUGCGGCGACCAUCUCGGGCGCAACCUUGUUCACGGCGUUCACGCCGGCGUUCGGGCUAAUGAUGAUCUGGAUAUUCGCGUUCAAACUGGGAUGGUUGCCGGUGGGGAAGUUCCUGGACCCGUUGCACAUGAUCCUGCCCAUCGUCACGCUGACGCUGAUUUCGUUCGCCGGCACCAUGCUGCUGACGCGGAACAGCAUGUUGGAAACGAUGCGCGAGGACUACGUGAUGGCGGCGCGGGCCAAGGGGCUGCCCGAAAAGGUAGUGCGGGACCGGCACGCCGCACGCAACGCGCUGCUCCCGGUGGUCACCAGCCUGGUUUACAGCCUGAUCUUCGCGAUUGAUGGCAGCGUGAUUAUCGAAGCGGUGUUCUCCUGGCCCGGCACCGGCAUGACCCUGCUCGAUGCGGUGCGGUCCGAGGACCUGCCCCUGGUCAUGGGGGCCAUGAUGUUCAUCGGGUUGUUUUCGCUGCUGGCUCACGUCAUCGUGGACGUGCUGUACGUGUACCUCGACCCGCGGAUCCGCUACCAGUGA